AGAGCCUGGGUGAUUUGCAGCGGUGGAACCAGGCAGGCUGAGUCUCCGGUAGGAGAGGCCGUCACCUGUUGGGGCCUCUCCCCCCGCAGCGCAGCGCGGGCCCUGCCAGGCAGAGCCCAGCCCCCAGUCCCCAGGGAGCGCGCCUGCGGACGGACAGACGGACAGACCUAGGGACCGAGGGCCAGGGCCAGGGGGAGAUCCAGGAGGCCCGGCGCUGGAAUGCAGUUUUCUCGGGCAAGGGAGACUUUGCACCGCAGUGGAAAAUAGUUUGGGGUGGGGUUUCGCACCGUCCCCUCCUCCCCAGCCCCGGGCCCCUUCCCAGGCGCUUUCUGGGAGCUUUUAGAACUGCGCUCUGAAGUUUCCAGAGAGCGAGGAGCUUGUGCGGCAGACAGAGACAAUGGAAGAAAAUGAAAGCCAGAAAUGUGAGCCCUGCCUUUCUUACUCAGCAGACAGCAGACAGAUGCAGAAACAAGGCAAAGGCAAUCUGCAUGUAACAUCGCUAGAAGAUGCAGAAUGCCGCAGAACCAAGGAACGCCUUUCUAAUGGAAACAGUCGUGGUUCAGUUUCCAAGUCUUCCCGCAAUAUCCCAAGGAGACAUACCCUAGGGGGGGCCCGAAGUUCCAAGGAAAUACUGGGAAUGCAAACAUCUGAGAUGGAUCGGAAGAGAGAAGCAUUCCUAGAACAUCUGAAGCAGAAAUACCCCCAUCACGCAUCCGCAAUCAUGGGUCACCAAGAGAGGCUGAGAGACCAGGCUUUGAAGGGCAUGCUGAUCUCUCUUCAGGCAGAACUUGACAUUCAAAGGUACUUGAUGAAAAUUGAAUCGUCUCAGCGAACAAGGAGCCCAAAACUGUCUCACAGUCCUCAACCACCCAGUCUGGGUGACCCGGUCGAGCAUUUAUCAGAGACAUCUGCUGAUUCUUUGGAAGCUAUGUCUGAGGGGGACGCUCCGACCCCUUUUUCCAGGGGCAGCCGGACUCGCGCCAGCCUUCCAGUGGUGAGGUCAACAAACCAGACAAAAGAACGAUCUCUGGGGGUUCUCUAUCUCCAGUAUGGAGAUGAAACCAAGCAUCUCAGGAUGCCGAAUGAAAUCACAAGUGCAGACACAAUCCGUGCUCUCUUUGUAAGUGCCUUUCCGCAGCAGCUCACCAUGAAAAUGCUGGAGUCGCCCAGUGUCGCCAUUUACAUCAAAGAUGAAAGCAGAAAUGUCUAUUAUGAAUUAAAUGAUGUAAGGAACAUUCAAGACAGAUCACUCCUCAAAGUGUACAACAAGGAUCCCGCACAUGCAUUUAAUCACACACCAAAAACGAUGAACGGAGACAUGAGGAUGCAGAGAGAAUUUGUUUAUGCAAGAGGAGAUGGCCCUGGGGCCUCUCGUCCUGGAUCUACGGCUCAUCCGCCCCAUGCAAUUCCAAAUUCCCCACCGUCUACUCCAGUGCCCCAUUCCAUGCCCCCCUCCCCAUCCAGAAUUCCUUAUGGGGGCCCCCGCUCCAUAGUUGUUCCUGGCAAUGCCACCAUCCCCAGGGACAGAAUCUCCAGCCUGCCAGUCUCCAGACCCAUCUCUCCAAGCCCAAGCGCCAUUUUAGAAAGAAGAGAUGUCAAGCCGGAUGAAGACAUGAGUGGCAAAAACAUUGCAAUGUACAGAAAUGAGGGUUUCUAUGCUGAUCCUUACCUUUAUCACGAGGGACGGAUGAGCAUAGCCUCGUCCCAUGGUGGACACCCACUGGAUGUCCCUGACCACAUCAUUGCAUAUCACCGCACCGCCAUCCGGUCAGCGAGUGCUUAUUGUAACCCCUCAAUGCAAGCGGAAAUGCAUAUGGAGCAGUCACUGUACAGACAGAAAUCAAGGAAAUAUCCAGAUAGCCAUUUGCCUACACUGGGCUCCAAAACACCCCCUGCUUCUCCUCACAGAGUCAGUGACCUGAGGAUGAUUGACAUGCACGCUCACUAUAACGCCCACGGGCCCCCUCACACCAUGCAGCCAGACCGGGUCUCGCCGAGCCGCCAGGCCUUUAAAAAGGAACCAGGCACCUUGGUGUAUAUAGAAAAGCCACGGAGCGCUCCAGGAUUAUCCAGCCUUGUGGACCUCGGCCCUCCUCUAGUAGAGAAGCAAGUUUUCGCUUACAGCACGGCAACAAUACCCAAAGACAGAGAGACCAGAGAGAGGAUGCAAGCCAUGGAGAAACAGAUUGCCAGUUUAACUGGCCUUGUUCAGUCUGCGCUUUUUAAAGGGCCCAUUACAAGUUAUAGCAAAGAUGCGUCUAGCGAGAAAAUGAUGAAAACCACAGCCAACAGGAACCACACUGAUAGUGCAGGAACGCCCCAUGUGUCUGGUGGGAAGACGCUCAGUGCUCUGGAGUCCACGGUGCCUCCCAGCCAGCCUCCACCUGCGGGCACCUCGGCCAUCCACAUGAGCCUGCUUGAGAUGAGGCGGAGCGUGGCGGAACUCAGGCUCCAGCUCCAGCAGAUGCGGCAGCUCCAGCUGCAGAACCAGGAGCUGCUGAGGGCGAUGAUGAAGAAGGCUGAACUGGAAAUCAGUGGCAAAGUCAUGGAAACGAUGAAGAGACUGGAGGAUCCCGUGCAACGACAGCGCGUUCUUGUGGAGCAAGAGAGACAGAAAUAUCUUCACGAGGAAGAGAAGAUCGUCAAGAAAUUGCGUGAGCUGGAAGACUUUGUUGAAGACUUGAAGAAGGACUCCACAUCAGCCAGCCGAGCAGUUACUCUGAAAGAUGUGGAAGAUGGGGCUUUCCUCCUGCGUCAAGUGGGAGAGGCUGUAGCUACCCUGAAAGGAGAAUUUCCAACCUUGCAAAACAAGAUGCGAGCAAUCCUGCGCAUAGAAGUGGAGGCCGUGCGGUUUCUGAAGGAAGAGCCACAUAAGCUGGACAGUCUCCUGAAGCGUGUGCGCAGCAUGACAGACAUCCUGACCAUGCUGCGGAGACAUGUCACUGAUGGGCUCCUAAAAGGCACGGACGCAGCCCAAGCCGCACAGUACAUGGCUAUGGAAAAGGCCACAGCUGCAGAAGUCCUGAAGAGCCAGGAGGAGGCAGCCCACACCUCUGGCCAGCCCCUCCACAGCUCAGGAGCCCCUGGUGAUGCAAAGUCGGAAGUGGUGCCCUUGUCUGGCAUGACAGUUCACCACGCGCAGAGCUCUCCGGUGGUCAUCCAGCCUUCCCAGCACUCCGUGGCCCUGCUGAACCCUGCCCAGAACUUGCCUCACGCGGCCAGCCCCCCAGCUGUCCCCCCGGAAGCAACCUCCACCCUGCUGACAUCGCAGGCUCCGCAGUCCCCACAGACACCCAUGAAUGGGUCUGCCAUGCAGAGCUUGUUCAUUGAAGAAAUCCACAGCGCAAGUGCCAAGAACAGGGCAGUGUCUAUUGAGAAAGCAGAAAAGAAAUGGGAGGAAAAAAGGCAAAAUCUGGACCACUAUAAUGGGAAAGAGUUUGAGAAGCUCCUAGAAGAAGCUCAGGCCAAUAUCAUGAAGUCAAUACCAAAUCUAGAGAUGCCGCCAGCCACAGGCCCACUGCCAAGAGGAGAUGCCCCAGUGGACAAGCUAGAACUUUCAGAAGAUUCUCCAAAUUCAGAACGGGACUUGGAAAAGCUGGGGGGAAAGUCGCCCCCUCCUCCUCCCCCACCUCCUCGGCGAAGUUACCUGCCAGGAUCGGGGCUCACCACCACGAGGUCAGGCGAUGUGGUCUACACCGGCAGAAAGGAGAACAUCACCGCUAAGGGAAGCAGUGAAGAUGCGGGACCGAGCCCACAGACCAGAGCCAUAAAAUGUCCAGCAGAGGAGCCCGCUUCAGCCUGGACCUCAUCCCCACCCCCUGUCACUACCUCCUCCUCAAAGGAUGAGGAGGAAGAAGAAGAAGAAGGAGAAAAAAUAAUGGCAGAACUCCAGGCAUUCCAGAAGUGUUCCUUUAUGGAUGUAAAUUCAAACAGUCAUGCUGAGCCAUCCCGGGCUGACAAUCAUGUUAAAGACGCUAGGUCGGGCGCCACAGUGCCACCCAAGGAGAAGAAGGGCAUUUUUGGCAGCUGGAGAACAAAGCAAUCCAAGAAUUUGGAAUUUUUCCACGAAGAUGUACGGAAAUCUGAUGUUGAAUAUGAAAAUGGCCCCCAAAUGGAAUUCCGAAAGGUUACCACAGGGGCUCUAAGACCUAGUGACCCUCCUAAGUGGGAAAGAGGAAUGGAGAAUAGUAUUUCUGAUGCAUCAAGAACAUCCGAAUAUAAAACUGAGAUCAUCAUGAAGGAAAAUUCCAUAUCCAAUGCGAGUUUACUCAGAGACAGUAGAAACUAUUCCCAGAAAAGCAUGCCUAAGGUCAAUUUCAGUUUCUCUGGCAUUAGUUCAUUAGAGGAUGAAAUAAACAAAGGGUCUAAAGUCUCAGGACUGCAGUACUCCAUACCUGACAUCGAGAACCAGAAGCUGAAUUAUGGAAAGGCAAAGGAGGUGGAAAAGCAAACCACAGAUGCCUGUCACAUUUCCUCGCCCACUAGAUUAACAGAAUUGAGUGGGCAUGAUUUUAAAACAGAAGAUCAAGAGGUUGUCAUGACAGAUUUUGGCCAAGCUGUUCUAAGAUUCAAGGGGCCAAGGCAUGCUAACCUGAACCCUCAUGAGGAUGGAGAAUCAAGUCCAAGUUCUCCCACUGAAGAAAAUGCAGCCACUGACAAUAUUGCCUUCAUGAUUACCAAAACCACUGUCCAGGUUCUUUCCAGUGGGGAGGUGCAUGAUAUCGUUAGCCAAAAGGGAGAAGACAUACAGACGGUUAAUAUCGAUGCCAGAAAAGAGAUGACCCCUCCACAAGAAGGGACUGACCAUGAGGAGCCAGUUGUGUGCCUGGACAAGAAACCAGUAAUCAUCAUUUUUGACGAGCCCAUGGACAUCCGGUCUGCAUAUAAAAGACUUUCAACUAUCUUUGAGGAAUGUGAUGAGGAAUUAGAGAGAAUGAUGAUGGAGGAAAAGAUAGAGGAGGAGGAAGAGGAGGAAAAUGGAGAUCCUGUAGUCCAGAAUAAUAAGAGUUCACAGAUGUCUCCUAAGAAGGUUGGCCCAGGCAAUCUUAGAACAGGACAGCAGGUGGAAACGAAGUCACAGCCACACUCCUUGGCCACAGAGACCAGAAUCCCAGGAGGACAGGAUAUGAACAGAACGGAGCUGAACAAGUUCAGCUAUGCGGAUUCUCCAAAUUCAGAAUGCAAGGGUGACGACGUGACUGAUGACCAGUUUGAAAGCCCCAAGAAAAAGUUUAAAUUCAAAUUCCCUAAGAAGCAGCUCGCCGCUCUCACUCAAGCCAUUCGCACGGGAACUAAAACAGGGAAGAAGACUUUGCAAGUGGUAGUCUAUGAAGAAGAGGAAGAGGACGGCACCCUGAAACAGCACAAAGAAGCCAAGCGCUUCGAAAUCACUAGUUCUCAACCUGAAGACACCCCUAAAAACAUGAUGAGGAGGCCAGAGCAGCCCAGCAUUGAGAGUACAUCUCAGAUUUCAAGAACUGAUGAAAUUAGAAAAAAUACCUACAGAACGUUGGACAGCCUGGAGCAGACCAUUAAACAGCUCGAAAAUACAAUCAGUGAAAUGAGCCCCAAAGCCCUAGUUGACACCUCAUGUUCUUCCAACAGAGAUUCUGUUGCAAGUUCAUCCCACAUAGCCCAAGAGGCCUCUCCCCGACCCUUGCUAGUUCCGGACGAAGUCCCCACUGCCCUAGAGCCCCCUACGUCGAUACCUUCAGCUUCACGUAAGGGCUCCAGCGGGGCCCCACAGACGAGCAGGAUGCCCAUCCCCAUGAGUACCAAGAACAGACCUGGAACCCUGGACAAACCCGGCAAGCAGUCCAAACUGCAGGAUCCCCGCCAAUAUCGUCAGGCUAAUGGAAGUGCUAAGAAAUCUGGUGGGGACUUUAAGCCUACUUCCCCCUCCUUACCUGCUUCUAAGAUUCCAGCCCUUUCUCCCAGCUCUGGGAAAAGCAGUUCUCUGCCCUCUUCUAGUGGUGACAGCUCUAACCUCCCCAAUCCGCCUGCUACUAAACCAUCGAUUGCUUCUAACCCUCUCAGCCCCCAAACAGGACCACCUGCUCACUCAGCCUCCCUCAUCCCUUCUGUCUCUAAUGGCUCUUUGAAGUUUCAGAGCCUCACUCACACAGGUAAAGGUCACCAUCUUUCAUUCUCACUGCAGAGUCAAAACGGCCGAGCACCCCCUCCUCUGUCAUUCUCCUCCUCCCCUCCUUCCCCUGCCUCCUCCGUCUCACUGACUCAAGGUGCCAAGGGCACCAGGACCAUCCAUGCUCCCAGCCUCACCAGCUACAAGGCACAGAACGGAAGUUCAAGCAAAGCCACCCCAUCCACAGCAAAAGAAACCUCUUAAAGGUCAAAUCCUGUUAGGCACAAGUCGGAGUUACAUUAAAAAAAUAAAAUAACCAUCUACAACAACUGUUUUCACAAGAGAAUGUAACAUAUUGCUGUAUCGUUUGAGGCUUAAUGCUAAGUAUGUGCUAAAUACUGGAUAAAUAGAUUUCAGCAAAGCUCGUUUGUUUUGUUUUUAUCUAGUCGCUAUAGUGUUAACUGUCUAUACUCAAUACCUAUAAAAUGCGGUAAGCAUGUGUUACAAAAAGAGGUUGUGUUGGGAGAGAAAGGUGCGUGUGAGACAGAAGAAUUGUCUUAAGCAUAUAAAACAUGUAUGAUUCCAGAAUUUUAGUAUGUUUUGUAUAAAACUAUUUUUCAUUACGGAGACUAGAAGUGAACAGAGAACUACACAAGUGUGACUAUACAAAUUGUAAAACAGAUACUAUAAUAUUUCCUUUUAUUUUAGUGUUAUUUAGCUUUAUUACAGAUUUCUAUUUUUGUCAAAACUUCAUGGUUCCUUUCAAGAUCUUUUUUGCCAAAACAUUUUGAUACUGUAGCAUUGUACAUUUGAAAGUAGUGUGCUAGACUAUAAAACCAAUGAACUUCUACACAAGCCGUACAGACAGGCAUGUGUAGAAGGCAAUUUAUCAAACCUAUUGCACUGCCAUGAAAAGUAUGUAUAAUGAUUUGCUAGCCCAAGCAAGCUAGUUUUCUUUGCUUGCUUCUUUUCUUUCUUUCUUCCUUCCUUUCUUUCUUCUUUCUUUUUUAACAUAUUGCGAUUCUCUAGUUGUUUUCUUUGCAGUAUCUAACCCCUUCUUUUGUUUUCUGAGACCUGGUAAGCCACGCUAUUGCAUUGUGGAUUUUAAAAUGUACACUUCUGUACGGUUCUGUAAACCGAAAAACUUUUGUAAAUAUAUAAAUAGACAUUAAAAUACUGUAUGUGACAGCACAUAGAGUAGUUUUCCCACACCAAAGUUAAUUUUUAUGCAUGCUUUAAAAGUAUAUAUUGGGACGGGCAGAAAUGGACAUAUCCAUACAUUUUUAAAAAGCAACAAGUUUGCACAGCUAGAGUGUUUUUGUAAAUAAAUGUAUUUGUAUAACACAGUCAUGUAAUAUACAGAACUAUAAGCAGAGACUUUGCAAAACUAAAUAAAGGGCUGCAUGCUUAUUUUUUGUACCUUGUCACUAUAACUACUUCCUAGUCAGAACAAAAUGUUACUGUUACCGAGUUUGUAACCACAUCCACUCAGAGGACACUACUUUUCCGCAAGCUCUGGGGUGACUAAUGAUGAGUUCCUAAUAAAUUAAUUGCAAGUGUGGUGCCUUGGAUGUGACCUGUUGGCUCUCUCUCUUCUCUGUGGCUUAUCAAGGUAUGGAUGACAGAAAGCAAACCUGGAUACAGAGUUUCCACCCUCAGUUCCUGGAGGGGCUCUUAUUAUUUUCUGUCUCUUUUUUAAGAAAACAUCCAGUAGAAUUAAAGUGGAAAUAAAAUGUCUUUAUCA